AUGGAGAUGCUAUUAAGCACCAAAAGGAUCACCAUAUGCCUGUUAUUCUUUGUAUUGAGUCUGGCAGCAGCUAUUGAAAUACCAUUAUCAGUUGCCCAGCUUCCAACAAUCAUGGAGCAGUCUCACACCCAGAUUGCCUACCCUUUCGACGAGGACUUCACAAUUAAAUGUGAAGCUAGAGGAAAUCCACGGCCCACGUUCAACUGGACUAAGGAUGGAAAACCGUUUGAUUUAUUGUCUGACCCUAGGAUACUUACGUUUAACAAUUCAGGAACAUUUGUGAUUCAAAACCAUGGAAUCAUCACUAAUUUCCAAGGGAAAUACCGUUGCUAUGCAUCCAACACACUGGGAACAGCCAUGUCAGAAGAAAUUGAACUUAUUGUUCCAAGUGUGCCAAAAUUCCCAAAAGAAAAAAUUGAGCCCCUUGAUGUGGAGCAUGGUGAUUCUGUGAUUUUGCAUUGUAACCCCCCCAAAGGCAUCCCACCACUGCAUAUCUAUUGGAUGAAUAUUGAUUUGCAGCACAUUCCACAAGAUGAAAGGGUCUCCAUGAGCCUUAAGGGAGAUCUCUACUUUGCAAAUGUGGAAGAAAAUGACAGUCGAAGUGAUUAUUGUUGCUUUGCAGCAUUUCCAAGACUGAGGACGAUUGUACAGAAAAUGCCAAUGACACUGAAGGUUUCCCGUUUUAAACAUGCUAAUGACUCAGGCUCACCUAAUGCUGCGGUUACUAAGGCAAAUUUUAUCAAGGAGAGAAAACCCAAACUGCUGAUCCCCCCUGAAUCUUCCAGCAGUAGCUCAUCAGUCACCGUCAUCAAGGGAGGUGUCCUACUACUUGAAUGUAUUGCUGAAGGGCUCCCAACUCCUCAUCUGAACUGGGUCAAGGUUACUGGAAGCUUGCCCAAGGACAAACCAGUAACAGAAAAUUAUGGGAAGAUACUGAAGAUAGAACAAGUGUCUGCAGCCGAUGAAGGAACCUACCAGUGCACAGCAAGCAAUUCUGUGGGCAGAGCGAAACACGAGUUCCACGUCCAUGUGGAAGAGCCUCCGCAGUGGAUAAAGGAGCCAGAAGGUGGUGUUUACAGCGUCGGAACUAAUCUUGUGUUGUUGUGUGAAGCUUUUGGCAACCCAGAGCCAACUAUAGAGUGGAAACUUAACGGGAUGCCAAUCGAUAGUAGGACCUUUAGAGGGAGAAUCUCUGACGGGGAGAUCAGCCUUACCAACCUGCAACUUCAGGACAGCGCUGUGUACCAGUGUGAGGCUAGCAACAAGCACGGCACCAUCCUGGCUAGUGCUAAUGUGAAUGUUUUAAAUAUUGCUCCCUUAAUACUAACCUCAGAUGGUGAAAACUAUGCCACAGUUGUUGGUUACAGCGCUUUCUUGCACUGCGAAAUUUUUGCUUCGCCUGUAGCAGAUAUUAGAUGGACUAAGGAUGAUAGCAUAGAGCCACUUUCAGAAUUACGCUAUGAAUUAAACAAAAAUGGAACCCUGGAGAUCAAAGACACGAGAAAAGAAGACUCAGGAUCAUAUGCUUGUUGGGCUGCAAACUCUGUUGGAAAAAGAGCAAUCACUGCUAAUCUGGAUAUAAGAGAUGCUACAAAACUUGUUGUUACUCCGAAGAACCCCCAAGUGCUAAAAUCACAUUCAAUUUUAUUGAAAUGUCAGUCUGAAUAUGAUUCACACUUGAAACACAGUUUUAAAUUAUCUUGGAGAAAAGAUGGAGAUGAGCUGCCAGUCAACAGCACAGGAGAUGGCAGGAUUAUUAUGGACAGGGAUACCUUGUUCAUAUCAAGUGUGACACUGGAGGAUCAAGGUGUUUACACGUGCGUGGCCAGCACUUCUCUAGACAGCGUCACAGCUGAGUCACGGAUAGUUGUUCUUGAUGUCCCUGAUCCACCAGAAGAUCUUCAACUCUCAGAAAAUCAAAACCGAAGUGUUCGAUUAUCCUGGAAAACUGGAGCCAGUCAUAAUAGCCCUAUUAAUGAGUCUAUAAUAGAAUUUGAAGAGAGCCGAUGGGAGCCAGAGAAGUGGCAGGAGCUAACCAGAAUCGCAGGGAAUGAAACCACAGCCAUUUUGUCACUCGCCCCAUAUAUGAAUUACCAGUUUCGUGUCACAUCUGUGAAUGCUGUCGGAAGAAGCAAGGCUAGUAAACCAUCACUGCGCUAUGCAACACCUCCGGCUGCUCCAGACAAGAACCCAGAAAACAUCCGAGUUGAAGCUUCUGAACCAAAUGAAAUGGUGAUGAAAUGGGAGCCGUUGAAACCUGUGGAGCGGAACGGGCCGGGGCUGGAGUACAAAGUCAGCUGGCGGCAGCAGGGGGUCGAGGCUGAUUGGAACGAGGAGAUGGUGAAAAAGCAUUCGCUGAUCCUGCGGAACACUCCCACCUUUGUGCCUUACGAGAUCAAAGUCCAAGCAGUGAAUAAUUUAGGAUCUGGUCCUGAACCAAAUGUUACCACUGGAUAUUCAGGAGAGGACAUUCCAGAUGCUGCUCCCUCCAGUGUGUCGGUGGAUACCGUGAAUAGCACGCUGGUUAAAGUGUUCUGGUUUGGAAUUCCGAGGGACAGAGUUCGCGGACACUUAAGAGGCUAUAAGGUCAGUUGGUGGAAAACAAGAAGUAUGCUGGAUGGAAAAAGACAUCACCCAGAGAAACACUUCCUAACCUUUGUUGGAGACAGAAACUAUGGAAUGAUUCCUGGUCUAGAGCCCUUUAGUGAAUUCCGCUUAACCGUGUUGGCUUACAAUGCAAAAGGAGAUGGACCAGAAAGCUCUCCAGUUGUGUUUGAAACUCCAGAAGGAGUCCCUGAGCAACCACGAUUUCUAAGGAUAUUAAACUUUGAUAAGGACUCCGUCACUCUGUCGUGGGGACUUCCCAAGAAGGCAAAUGGCCACCUUACUGGCUACCUUUUGCAAUACCAGAUAAUAAAUGAAACGCAUGAGAUCGGCCCUCUGCACGACGUCAGCGUAGCAAACCACUCCACGCUCAGCUGGCGGCUCUCCAACCUCAGCUCCAGCACCAAGUACAAGUUCUAUGUCAGGGCUUGUACAGCGAAAGGCUGUGGAAAGCCGGUCACAGAAGAAGGACUCACGAUGGCUCAAGGGAGUAAAGGGAUCGGCAAGAUUUCAGAAGCAGUAAAUCCCACCCAAAAGUUCCACCCCAUUGAGGCACUUGAGCCUGGAACUGAAUAUACAGUUCGUCUAGUGACUAAGAAUUGGGUUGAUAACAAUAGCAUUUUUGAAGAUGUAAUUGAGACAAGGGGGAGAGCUUAUGCUGGCAUUUAUGACGGAAUUUCUACCCAGGGCUGGUUUAUCGGACUGAUGUGUGCCAUCGCUUUGCUCACCUUGCUGCUGCUAACUGUUUGCUUUGUCAGAAGAAAUAAAGGAGGGAAAUAUUCAGUGAAAGAAAAAGAAGAUUUGCAUCCAGAUCCUGAAGCUCAAUCAAUAAAAGAUGAAAUCUUUGGGGAAUAUAGUGACAGCGAUGAAAAGCCGCUGAAAGGCAGCGUCCAGUCAAUAAAUGGGAACAUUAAAGCCACCGAAAGUGCUGAUAGUCUGGUAGAUUAUGGAGAAGGGGAACACGGGAUGUUCAAUGAAGAUGGUUCAUUUAUUGGAGCUUAUUCUGGAUCUAAGGAAAAAGGAUCGGUUGAAAGCACUGGGAGUUCUACAGCAACUUUUCCUCUCCAUGCAUAAAAUCUUAGCAAGAAUGUUUCACUUUUAAUUGUGAUAUUUGCCCUGACUAGUACUCGACAGUUACCGUAUGUGAUUGGAAAUAGGUUGCAGUUGAGUCAGCCAGGAACCCAACAUCCAGGUGAUACAAAAAUAAGUCACUGCCACUAAAAGAUGAUUUUUGAGACUAAUUGUCCUAAUUGUUUAGGUGUUUUCUUCUAAUGAAAACCAAUCGAAUCAUUCCUUAUUAUAUAAAAUAUGUCACUCAGUCUUAC